AUGGCUUCAUCCGGACAUACAUCAACAUUCCGAGGCAUCAAGUAUCUCGGUUCAGUUGAAAUUAUUCGAAGUUUGUAUAACAUUCCAAAGCCGCUCAGAACAGAUAUUAUUGGCUUUGCGAUCAACAGAAUACUGCAAAGAUACAGCAGAUCGAACUUUUGGCUCAGUCACAGUGAAACAGAGACUUCGGUUAUUCAUCCAUAUGUCGGGAGAUCCCCGAUGAGCAAAUGGCACCAACACAUUUGCGACCUUCACCUCUCUUCGGAUAGGAUAAUAGUAAAUGCCAACGAUGGAAGAGAUAUCACAAGAGUAUUUGACCACCCGCUCGCAAAUGUUUCUGUAGCCGCGAAAGACAUUUGCAUUCCCAAUUUAUGGUGCUAUGUAUCAAGGUCAUCUUCUACUUUUGGGUCUCUUCCAGAACGUCGUCUCUUUCUCUUCGAGUGUAUCGAUAUCCUUCAGGCCUCGAAACUUCACGACCUAAAUUUACAACGAUUUAGUAGUCAACAGUCAGCGCCCUCAUCAAAGACUCUCUGUGUUCAGCUUCCUCCACGACCUCAUCCAACUUCAACAACAUCUUCUCCCCCGCCAUUGCCACCAAGAAAAUCAAAACCAACAACAGAUGAAAGAUACUUGAAAUUCGUCUAA